GACAUAUUGAGUCCAUCAGAACGGCGCAACAUUUCUCGAAGACUUGUUUCCCCUUUGUUGAAAGCGCGAAAUCGAAUUAGAAUUACUAUUUUACCAUGCCAGAAUUCGGAUUUUUGCUGUUGCCAUUCGUAAAAUAAUUUUUUGUCAGGAGCGUUUUGCCAAUACCUGGCCUGCCCACAACAAGAAUAGCUUUGGGGCGUCGUUGUUCGUAAACAUAUUUGGGUUUAAAUAAAUCUGCUGUUAUCGUGAGGAUAGUUGCAUCUGCUGGUGCUAUAAAAUGAGCUUGGUAUGUCUCGUGUCUAUUUUCAAACGUUCUACUGGAAGUCCAGGUACCUUCCCUUCCCCCCUGAACUAUAACAUUGACCGCCAUUUCUUCCAGUUUUCGACGUGACAAACGUUUCUCACCAAAAUCAUCAUGCAAGCGAAAAAAAUCAUCUGGUAUUUUUUCUCGAAUCUUUUUUAUUACAUUUUUUAUUCUUUUACGCUUUCUCAAAAGGUAAACACAACAAAAUUCCAUGUCAGUACAGAGAGUACGAUCUUUCCAUGUUGACCACAACAGAUAGGCAAGCUUCAUGGACGUCGCUGUACCAAAGAGGAUAUUUGCUGUUAGAACCGUGGAAACUAGUUUUUCAUUUUUGCUGCCCAUAGGAAAACUGCAGUCCACAAUUGAAUGGUUCGUAGUUUGGCUUUCUGUGAAGUUUGCGUCGGAAACACUUAUUGUUUGUAUUGGCCAAGGACAAUGAAAUUGAACUGGAAAAUUCGAUGAAGUUAAGAGCAAUGCUGCGAAUGCUACCAAUGGUAUUAUACGGCAAAGGAUCAAAUGCAUAAUAUAUACUGUAAAGACAAUAGGACGACCAGAAUUUUGGUAGGCCAUAGGGUCUGAUGCAGCUUGUGAAAUACCCGACAGCGGCUGGCUUUCGUCUUCGGCGCCAUCGCUCGUUGCAUUCGGAGGAUCGGCAAAGAUUUCAACACGAUGUUUCACUGAAUAAGCGUAGAUAAUACUGAGUAAAAGCACAAGUCCAAAAUUUAUCACAAACAGGACGUGGAGAGGCAACGAAGGAAGGAAUUCUUGUGCGUAUUUGAGAAAGCAUUGCGUGUCGAUGAACUUCCUUGUUGAUAAGUCGCUCGCGAGGGACUUGUCUGGGUUACAUUGCAACGUCGCUUUUGACUCGAAAUCACUCGCGAUCCCAAUUAGAACAAUACCAAUUGAUACAAAUGAAGUAAUAAAUACUACACCAAAUGUAUUGUAGCUCUUACGAGGUAGUGAUUUCAAACAGCUUUCCAUGUUUGCGUGAGUUGACUAUGGCCUCUCGGGUAAUUUAAUACGGGUGACAAUUGAUUGAAAGUAAAUAGUGGAAAAUCCUUCAUAGAAUCAUAGUUUUUUGAAGUGGCGCUGGUUAAAUGUUUUAAUUUAACUUUUUGUCCGCUUGUUACCGAGGUAAAUUAAGUUAACCUGAAUAAAAUAUACUGAAUAAAAUAUACUUUUAUAUAUAUACUUGUACUUAAAUGUACCGAAUUCACCGAAUGGUAAAACAAAUGAGUCCCCAUUCGGGAAAGAGUAACUUCGAACCAGCUUUAAUUCGAAUCGUUGCGCACCACACAUCACAUACAUCUUUCAGGAAGUGUCUAACUUAAUUAUUGCUAUUUUGCUCAGGGAUUAUAACUGUCAGUCCAUCAUGGCUAAGGGGGGUUAAUAAUUGACGCAAAUAAUGGACAUUGUAUAUAUAUUCGUAUGUAAAUGUGUAAAUAAACCAACAUUUAAACCCAAAUCUACAUGUUAAUUUUAUUUAGAUGGUUGCACCGGAGAAAAUAAGCCUUACAUUCAACUCUGUUGACAUUGUGUGUAUAACUAUACUGUAUUUUACUGUGUAUAAGAAUAUGUCAAUUGUUAAAUACUGUAAUGUACAACAUACUACGUAUUGUAAUACUUGUUGUGUCGUAUUAUGUACUCCGUUGUAUGUAUUGUAUACUUUGUUAUCUUAUAAUCAAACUCACUUGUAGCAUAGAAGAGCCACUAUGUGGAAAUGCUAUUAAAUCAUUAUUAUUAUUAUUAUUAUUAUUAUUAUUAUUAUUAUUAUUAUUAUGUAUCUGCCCAUUGCGCAACAUAUAACACGGAACAAAAAGAACAACGGGUCAUGUUACGUUUAUUACAUGUCGUGGAAGCAAUGGGUUCCUUAUCAAGUUAAUGGCAAAAUGAAGAUACUGUUCUCACACAUAAAACACUCUGCGAAUCGAGCAAUUAGUUUUUAGGGAUUAGUGAAGGAGCCAAACUUUUUUCAAUACUGAAAUUAUACUAAAAAGAAUCGAGUGAGCAUUGCAGGAGAAGUUUAGGCAACCGUUUUCAAAGUUGUUUCAUUUUCGUAAUUUCCGACUCCUCCUGAACAUCGCGGCUUUACAUCCGAGAAUGCGAGUUUAGCCUAUCAGAGAGCACUUCUACAUCCGGGAAACAAGAAUUUACAUUUUUUAAUUAGCGCCUGGGGACGAGGCAGCCCUAAAAUAGUGUAAUAAAAAAUGUAUGAAAAAAUGCGCGAUGGAAAAACUAAAAAAUAUGAGAUGACGUAAUGUUAGCUCGCGUCAGCCAGCCGGAUUAAUGUGGCGUCAGCUGAUGACGACUAAAAGUGACAGUUACAAAUGGCGUCAUUGAUGUUAAUUUAGUUUGCUGAGAACUUUAAAAUGUAGGAAACGGGAAAAAGUCUCCAAAAAUGUUGUUGAAAAUAAUUUUAUGCUUCGUUUUCAUUCUGUUUACCCUUCCUUUAGGUAAGAAAUAAAACAUUUAUUUAAACAGUUUAGUUUUAAAUGUAAUAUUUGAAUUUUUUAUUCACUUUACUAGUUUGGAUAUUAUAUGUUUUCGAAUCGUUUUUUUAAUUUUUGCGAUUGACUUCAUUGUGUUACGAGACUAAUUUUUUUCUUCACAUUUUAGGCAGAUGCGAUUAUCUUGAUAUUGACAACAGUAAGAUUUAUUUUCACUUUAUUAAACAAAAAUAUUUGUACAGAGCAUUGUGUCAUUAGGGCCAUUUAUACGAGACAAAAUAAGACGCGACUUACAUAAGACGCGACUUAAAUAAGACGCGAGUUUGUCGUAUAAAAGGCACAAAAUUCUUAUGUAAGACGCGUCUUGGAUAAGACGCGACUUAAAUAAGAACAGGACUUUUAGCUGUUCUUAUUUAAGUCGCGUCUUAAAUAAGAAAUUUUGGACAAAAAUUCUAACUACACAUGCCCGAAACUUGAAACAACGUAAAAUUAUUAGCCUUGCAUAUUAAAACAAAAACAACCGAAACAACAUUAUAGCUAUAGCAAUUAAAUAAGAAUAAAGCCGUAAAGAACCAUUUAUGCGGCGAUAACUCCGCUUAUUUAAGUCGCGUCUUAUGUAAGUCGCGUCUUAUUUUGUCUCGUAUAAAUGGCCCAGGAAGUGUCUCAGGAAGCAAUCUUUCCUGCAAGUUGUGAUGAAAUUUUAACAGGGUUGGCAAAUGUUCUUAUAUUAGUUCUCGUAUUAGUUGUUCUUAUAUGUUCUUAUAUUAUAUAAGAAUAUUUUUUUGGAGGCAAAAAUGUUCUUAUAUUUUCUUAUAUUAUUCUCAUUAAUUAUUCUACUUCGAAGUUGUAAAUUUUAACUAUUUGACAUUCAUCCUGAAAAUAAGAUAUACAGAUAAUAGACGUAUAAAUACAGCAGUGAUAACUAUUUUUAUAAUUUUGAAAGCCAAGACGGUUACAGCAACAUCUAAAAUUGAAGUUGAAUCGUCAUUUUAAGAUUUUGGAUGAUGUGUAAGUCGAGUCUGUCGAGACUGAUCAAAGUUAAAGUUUAUGCAAAUCAAGGGAAUCUCUAUCACAUAUAUUAAAGAUACGACACGCUUAUGAUUUUUCUUUGUGUUUUCCUUAUGAAUUAUUAACGAGUUUUUGAAGACUACAUUCAAAAUUUUAUUUUUCGAUACGUUUCUCAAUCAGCAAACAAGCUUAAAAAGAAUAUUUGAUGUUUUAUGUGUAAAGUGAUGGUAAAAUUAAGACAUUUUAGAUGGUACGCCAAGGAGAAAAUUAUGUCUAAAGUUUAGUAAGUUUUGCUUAUAUUGCCGUAAAUAUAUGGAUGCACGGUAGUUGGUACUCUUCAUCUUGUUUAGUAAAUUUAUUUUGCUUCGAACAGAAUACUGUUUUAAUGCACAAGUUCAAGAAGCGUAUCUGAUCAUAGUUGAUGAAAAAGAAGUCGUCAAAGCUCUGGUGAUCGAUACAAUUAACGAUACAACCGCGGUGAAACAAAGAUUCCAUGUUGACUAUUUUCAUCCCAAGAGUAAAAUAUGGACAAGCUACCAAGAGGACAGACGGACUAUGGUUUGUUACAUUAAUUGUUCUUAUCAUCGAUUGAUCGUUUCUAGAUUGAUAAUUUUAUCAACUAAUAUAGCCAGUGUGAUUAUUGAUUAUUCAAUACAAACACCAUGAUUAUAAUUGGCUUCAUGAACUGUUAGCCCAAAAACCCUCAAUAUAAACGCGCAAUUUAAGCUAAUUAAAAGCAAAAAGACCCCCGCUGAAUAUGAAUUUUGAUAUUGGUAAUAUUUGGAUCAUUCUAAAAAGAAAUCUGCUUUUAAUAUUGGAGAAAAGCUCAUCUUGAUCAACAAUUUCACUGUCAAAGUUGCCGGUUGUGAUGUCAUUACAUGAAUUGUAAGUUUUAUUCAAAAGAAGUCUGUAUUCUAGUUGACGUCUUCCAUUUUUCAUCUCAUCCACAACCUAUAGAUCUUUGCCAAACAGUGGACGUCAGAACAUUGAAAUGUUCGCGCUCAAAUUAGUCUAAAUCGAAAAUUUCCUGUUGUUUAACAUACGAAUUCGCCGAGUUGUGUGCUUGAUUUAUACCGGUACAGUGCAACUCAAGUUGUAAGCAUGCGACAGUUUUAGGCAAAAGUUGCGUAGAGGAAAUUGGCCUUAAAUCGCGACCUAAAUGUUCAAGGACAUGAAAUUUUCGGUAUAAACCAAUUUGAGCAUGGAAAUUUAAAUUAUAGGCUCCAUUUCUGCCAAAUAUGAAUUGAAGAUGAAAAAUCAUUAAAAACGUGAACAUACUUCAUAAUAUUUUCUUAUUCUACCCUUUACAAACAGUUCUACACGCUACCACCAGUAAAAGGAUCCGUUACAGUACACUUUACUGAUCGCAUUGUGGCUAAAUCCCUGCGAGUGUCGCUGAAGAAAACCGAUGCUGUCAGUUGGCUGGGAGAAAUCUGUGUAGAAAUCAUUCUCUUCGAUGUCGAGUAUUGGAAGGGAGGUAGUUUGUUGGUUUUUGUUACCUGUGGUUUUCUAAACUUGUCCCCUUAACAUCUUGUCCCCUUUAUAUAUGUCCAUAGAUUUAUUGAUAUAUUAUUUUCAACUCUAGAGAAAACGUCGUGUGAGAAGGGAUUUUAUGGAGAUGGAAAAUUCUGUAUAGGUUUGUGAAAUAGUUGUGACAAGUUGUCUGAUGUACAUUUCUCAAAUUCAUCAAAAUUAACGCCAUGACCAAAACAAAAUAACUCAAAGUAGGUGAAAAGACUUGAUAUAUAAUUCCUCGUGUUCAAUACACUUUUUGGUAUUUGAUACGCCGGUUGUGCAAACGCUUUCUCGUUUACUUUAUAUUACAUGCAUUUAUUCAGGUAAACUUCUAGCAGACUUUACUUUUAGGGUUUUUUUCUUAUUAAAACGGCAUGCUCGCACCCUGAACUCGUCUCGCGAGAGAAUCGCGAGGCACAAACACACGGGUCUUGACUCCCCGGACGUAUAUAUUUCAGCCAAUCACAGUGUUCACACAAAAUCAAUUAUAUAUUUUAGCCAAUCACAGUGAUUACACUAUAAAAAGGGUUUUCUGUCAUUGAAGAAUAAUUGAUCUCAAAGAUUUUAUUCCGCUGUUUUCUAGACAUCAAUGAAUGCGCAGAUAAUACAGGAAAUUUCUGUCCGCCACGACAGCAUUGCAUUGACUCUGCUGGAACGUACUCGUGUCCUGGUACAUGCCUCGAAAACAAACUGCCCAACAAGAGAACAGGUGUCUGUGAAGGUCAGUGUUGUGGGAACCGCUGGAACAAUUAGUGUCCUGCACCUUAUUAAAUUCCACUGAGUUAUAUAUGCCAACGUAGGCCGAGCGUAUAGAGUAUUAACUUAAAUUGGAUCGAGGAUGGAUUUACUGGGGGGAGGGUUGGUGGUGGUGGUAUUUUUCAUAAAGCAAAAAAUAUUAUAAGCGAACUGUUGAAAUACAGUAGUUUUGUAUUAGUCAAGCAAGCUGAUGGGCGGGCGGCGCACAUAACAGACACAACUCGGCACCAGAGCUGGCAGAGUACCCCUCCCCCAACCAGAUCAUGCUGGAUCUAUUCCUGAGUUGGAUAACACCCCUUUCCUUGUGCUUGAACAUUUAUGCAAGUAGAGUUUAAUUCGAGGUCUCUUCUUUGCAGCUUCUGAUUUUCCUUUCUCACAGAAAACUAAAGACGAGAUAUGGAUCUUACGAUUAGGGUGCCCUUUAAAAUACCAAACGAACAUGAGAGUUUGCAGUCACGCGACCUUUCAUGCUUUUCCAACACUAUCAUGUUAUUCAAUUUAAGCUCUUGUAAAGUUCAUAUAUCGUCAAACGUAACAAUGCGUGACAUCGACUCUCAUCCUCGUUUUUUUAUCUCGGUGAUAUUUGAGCUAUUCCGACCAUUUACAGUUAGAAUUCUCAUCUGCAGGAAGGAUAACUACCACAAUUAUUGGAUCACCUAAUGCCCAGUUUACUCCAUCAGGGGUUCCUCAGACACUGAAAAUACAGUUUGAUAAAAGUGGGCGAGUUGGACGAUUCGAUCUCUCUUAUAUAUAUCAUACACGAUAUCUUUUGUUUUUAUUUGUUCUAUAGAUCAUUGCUACCACAAGGGAUAUUUGUGUCAUCCCAAAGCCAGAUGUUUGUAUGGAAAAUGCGUUUGUGAUUCUGGUUAUGAAGGCGAUGGCAGUUAUUGCUUAGGUUUGAAUUUCAACCCUUUUGUACCAAGGGGGAGACCCUUUCAGUGGCAUUACGUCCUAAUACGGCAACGCCCAUAUUUGUUAUUUUCCUCUCUCUAACGCCAGAUCAAUGUUACUCUGUCUAACGCCAGGUAAGAUAGUAUGGUAGAUAAACAAGUGUAAUGUAUCAUUCUAGACAGUUGUACGGCUAAAGGCUUUACUUGCGACUCAAAUGCAAAUUGUGCGGAAGGAAAAUGUAAAUGUCGUGAUGGUUUCAAAGGAAAUGGAGAGAUAUGUCAAGGUAUGCUGCAAUAAUCACCAGCAUUAUCACCAUCAUCAGCACUAUCAUUGACCAUCAUUAGCAUCACCAUCAUCACCAUAUCAUCACCAUCAAACAUCAUUACAAUGCACCAUCAUUACCAUCAACAUUAUUACUAUCACAUUAUAAUACAUCAUCAUCAUCUGUGAUCAACACCAUCAUUAUCAUAAUCUUAAUCAUUAUCACUAUCACCAUCACAAUGCAUCAUCAUCAUCAUCAUUGAUUACCAUCAUUAUCAUCACCAAAAUUGGGCUAAUUAAUGUUACUGUAUAAAUGAAUACAUGCGUUUUAAACUAGCUCAGACACUAACUAGUAUCGUUUGAAUAAUACAUAUUUUCACUGUUUCUCCUAUUUCACCAUGAUUAAGCAAAGGUUUGACUGUAGAGUGCGGUUUCUUCUCCUAGCUAUAUGUCAUUUUAAUCUGAAACUAUGCCAUCCGAGUGCCGUAUGUCAUACGAAUGCCUGCAAAUGCAAGCCAGGUUACGUUGGAGAUGGAAUUUCGAAAUGUAUAUUCUCAAGAAAACUUUACGAGAAAGAAAUGAAAAAGCAGCGUAUGGUACAAACACGACUGGAUAUCGUUGAAACUGAUGUGUUUGAGGUACGAAAGUCCAAAUGUCUGCGUAUAAAUUUAGGCAUUGUCAUUAGUGACUUUCAGCAAGCACUAGAAGUCUAUAGCGACCAUAAUCUGGGAACGUGAAUUAAAAAAGAACAGCCUUUAUCGAAAUUAUACAUUUGUCAUACAAGUAUUUCGAAUACCCGUGGAAAACGAGAGAAAAAGUCCUUGACAGCCUGGAUUUUUAAAGUUUAUGAGUUUGACCGCAUUUAAAUUGAAAACGCAAACUGAAAAUAUCAAUGAAUUGUUUUUAUUCUGUAAAAAUAAAUUAUAUACUUUAAUAACUGCAUGUAUUACGAGGCUUACUAUAACUGUCUAUUACUUUCAUUUUUGCAGGUUCUACACGCAUUUCAAAGGUUGCGUUCGAUUCUGAAUCAAGCUCCGUAAAAAGUGAACAACGGUUACUAUGGAUAUAUUAAAGAUUAAACUUCUUAUAUUAAAAGAUAAAUUUCUGCAUAUUUUAUUAAAAGAUAAAAUUAGGAGACAGACCUGGAAAAAGUUCUAACUUUUCGCAAACUAUUAAAGGGAGCUGCAAACAAGUUUCAGUGUUACAAAUCUGUUCACGAGCUGUCGACAAGUUGUGUUCGCACUGCAGCCUCGUACCCAGGCGCUUUGGUUUGUUUACGUCAUUAAGCGCAAUCGAUCAAACUAAUCCACGCGGCCCACGCAAAGGCCGCGCAAGCCCAGAACAACACAUAGCGCCUGGGUACGAGGCUGUUCGCACUGCUUGUUUCUAGUUGUUGUAACAAGUUUGGAACAAGCUUGAUUGCAUUGUCAGACUUAUUAGAAGGUGGAUGGGCACAAGGUUAUAACAAUAUUAUUAUAUCAUGACUGUGCAAGUCGGACUUGUUCGAACAACCUUGCAACAUGUCUGAUAAUGUCAACACAGUUGUUACACUAGUGACGUAAAAAUGUGUGGGAAAAAUUGAAAUGGUUGCUCAAUCUUGUUGCCAAAGACAAACGUUACUCAGGAACUUCACUUUUUCCAGAUCUGUGUUUUAAUAAAAAAACAGACGGUUUCUGCAUUUUGAUAAUAAUACAGUAUCUAUAAACACGUACUUAUACAAUCUUGGGAAAAAUUAACUCAGCAGGGACCCUCUUACUGGGUUUUCCAGAUGGAUUGGAACAUAUACCAUCGAUGCACGAG